AUGGCCAUGGUUACAAUGGAGGUUGCUAAAUAUCUAGUGGUUAUAUUCAGUAAAACUUCUUGUUGUAUGUGUCACACCAUUAAGACUUUGAUUAAUAACUUUGGGUCAAAUCUUGUGGUUUAUGAGCUAGAUGGACAUCCUAAUGGACAGCAACUGGAGGACGAGCUGAAAGCAGUAGGAUGUAAGCUAAGUGUAGCAGUUGUGUUUAUUGGGUUACAACUGUUAGGUGGUUCGAAUGAGAUCAUGUCACUCCAUCUCAAGGGGGAACUAGCUCAACUACUGAAAUGGUAA